AUGUCGUUCGAAACAGCUUCAACAUUUCAAGAGCAGAUGGCGGGUUCUUCACGUCCUCGCUUCACAGGCUGGCUCACCAUGGCGCCUGAAGUCGAUCCGCCUCGACUCAACUGCGUCCCGUCCUCCUCCUCCUCCUCCACUACCAAUGAUGCCUCUCUGCCAGCUCCACAAAGCCAGGCGAGCGGCUCCUCGGACAGCCAAAACUCUGCACAGCCUGAUGCUUCCACACACGGCUUUGGAUACUUGGGUCAGCAAGUCAAAUUGCCACAACGAAAGAAACGCCGUGCUACAUUCCAAGUGGGCUCGCCAGGUCUGUCCGAGGACGAGGCGGUGAGUUCCUCUAGCCGUCGUUCCUCGAGCGCCAGCUCGGAUGACCCAGAAUUUGAUGUACGUGCUUCGUUCGCACCUAUGCCCGUGUAUGGCAACAAGAAGACGUCGGCGCAGCUGUCCACGUUCCGCGGUGUCGGAGACCAGCAUCACGAAUCGUUUGCGACCCAGGCAGGGACCGCCACCACAAGAAUCGCAGAUAUUACCGCCUCAGACAGCAGCAGCGAUGACGACGAAGGUGGCCUCUCGUUUGGUGGCCGGCGCUGGAAGGGCAAGACGGUGCACGCAGUUGAGCAAGAGUUAGAAGCGCUGCGCGACGAGAGGCUCAUGAGCCACGCACCGGAUGCAGCCUAUCUUGCUUCGCGUCUUGAAGGAGUUCGACGCAACCUUGAGAUCGAAGAACGCAGACCCAACUACGUCCCCUACGACGAAGACGUGCUCUCGGAUCAAGAGGAGCCUGCAUUGGCUCCAGCCGCCUCGGACGUUGUGCGACAACUAUACCCAUUCCAGCAUGUUGACGAUUUGGCCAACACAGCAGCCUCAUUACCGCACCGUCCCGUCUCGAACGCUUCGUCCGUCAGUCUUAUUGAAGGCGAAACACCGCACGAUCUCGACUUUGGCCUUCAGUUUGACCCUUCCACCUCCUAUUCGGCUUCGUUGGACAAGAUCAAGGUACAUGCCCCCGACAGUGUAUCGAUGCCUCCCGUGCCGACAAGCACGAAAACGAUCGACCCGGCCGCCAGAGCUGCGGCUCUAGACGCACGCCUAGAAGUGCGCGCGCUUCGACGUGGCGACCUGGAACAGGUUCGCGAACUGCACGCCUUUCACGGUGAUUCAGACAGAGUAAGUACCCAUUUUGCGGCAUUGGCGCUUUCGUCUUGCCAACACUCUUCACCAGUCGAGACGACGACUCAGGGCAGCCCAAGUGCCAUGAUGACAUUGCCACGCUCUCAGGGGCGUGGCAAUGCAUCGGACAAUUUCGUGGACACAGCGUACGAUUCCUACAGUAUCACGGCCUGGCCGUCGUCUUGCCACUGCUCUCCCGUUCUGCCAGCACCUCGCCCGCUGUUUGGCGGCUUCGCCAGCGCCCUGACUUGA